AUCGUUCUUCCCUUUUUACUUAUUCAGGCCAUUCUGAAAGAUAUGAGGAUAGAAUUUGAAAUGAAGGGUAGUGUCAAUGGACAUCACUUUGAGAUCGAAGGUGAAGGAAAAGAAAGGCCUUACGAGUAAGUCUGUCCUGAAAGACAGACCACGAUGAAUUAUUUCAUUACUAAGCAUCACAAUUUAUGUUAAACAAAGAGUUGAAUAAGAUCACAUUGCAGUCGUCUAAUAAGGCAUCAAUGAUUUUGGGAAAUUAAGAAAAUAAAUAAAGACUCUUUUGUAUAGCAAAGUGAACAAGAUCAAAGAUUCAUAGAAAGAUUUUCAAUUAAACCAUGGGCUUGUUUUUAUUCGCGUUUGCAAAUCACCUACAGUCUAUGACAUCGACUUCUUCAUCUGUUUCCAGAGUCAGGCGAAUUGUAAAGGCUACUGCAGAUUAUCCUGUAAACGCUCAGUCCCAGGGUAAUUUACUUGCGAUACUUUAAUCUCUUACACUUAACAUGAAAGGUUAUGCAGUAUUUGACUUAAGUUUGAGUUAUCACGAGCAUGAAAUACUUGGUCUUUCCUAAUUUUCCUGUAUUUCAGGUCAUACAUGAGCUGUUUCUGAAAAUAAUUUCCAACACUCUUAUCAUCUUAUUUUAGAGGAAUACAGAAGUCCUCUUAUUGGCUUACUAAAGGAGGACCCUUUUCAUUUUACUUUGACAUACUGUCGUCAGCGUUCAAAUAUGGAAACAGAUGCUUCAUCGAAUACCCUGCCGACAUGCUCGACUUUUUCAAACAAGCUUUUUCCAGCUGGAAUGUCAGAGUGAUUUACAUUAAUUGAAAUCCUCGAAAACGACAACUGAUUUACAUCUCUGUUUUCGAUUCGAGGUGGUAAAGUUCACAAUACAUCAUAAAUCCCAUACUUUCCGCAGUCGGUUCUUACCACCAUGAUGCAAGUUUAAAGCGAAUGGAAAGAGUGAAUUACCCGUGAAUAUCCACAAUACAAAAGAGAAAAAUACUGAGGAAGCCAACUCGAAGCUCCUAUUUUCUUUUUUUUUUUUACAUUCAGAUCGUUUACGCAAUGAAAGCAACGGUUGGGAACUUAAAACAAAUGUAAACAAGGUCGCUAAAACGAGUUAA